GAAGUUGGGGUCAGAGGGGAAUGUACAGAAGUAACCUGGUUGAGUAUCGUCACAUCACCCCACACUCGGGUGUUUAAAGCCUCUGAACGGGUAACCGUGACAUCAUCAUGAUGUGAUUUCACUACGGAAACGGAUGUCUUCUAAACGCCAGUAAUUCAUUUAGGUCUUCAACUCAACUGUUCAGGAUUGCGUGCAGGUUUAUCUCCACCGUGGUUGCAGCCUGUACGUGUCACCCAGCCAUGGCACAGCAGGAAGAUGCUGCCAAGAAGCACCCAGCUAUUGCGGCAGUGCACUCCCACUUCAUUGUGGGAUCGGUGUCUGAGGAGAAUUCAGAAGAUGAAGUCCAAGGGAAACCGGAUGUGCAGCUGGAAGAGAAGGAGGGACGGUCUUUGUCACCGUCAUCCGGGAGCUCUGAUAGCACCAAUGACAAUAGCUUUGAGCACAUUGAUGGCUCCACACUGAACAAUCUAAGGCCGAGCAUGUCUGGGCUGCACUUGAUGAAGCAAAAUCGCGAUCGCCGACGUACUGAUCUGCAGAGGGACUUCACUGUGGCAUCUCCUGCUGAGUUUGUCACACGUUUUGGUGGGAACAAGGUCAUUGAGAAGGUGCUUAUUGCUAAUAAUGGAAUUGCUGCAGUUAAGUGCAUGCGCUCUAUUCGCCGUUGGGCUUACGAGAUGUUUCGGAACGAACGAGCAAUCCGAUUUGUGGUGAUGGUAACCCCGGAGGACCUGAAAGCCAAUGCCGAAUACAUAAAAAUGGCAGAUCAUUAUGUGCCUGUGCCAGGAGGGACUAAUAACAACAACUAUGCCAAUGUGGAGCUCAUAUUGGACAUAGCUAAACGAAUACCUGUGCAGGCUGUGUGGGCUGGAUGGGGUCAUGCAUCAGAGAACCCCAAACUGCCAGAGCUGCUCCAUAAGCAUGGCAUUGCUUUUAUGGGUCCUCCGAGUCAGGCGAUGUGGGCACUUGGAGAUAAGAUUGCUUCAUCUAUUGUGGCCCAGACUGCUGGCAUCCCCACCUUGCCAUGGAGUGGAUCAGGCCUGACAGUCAAAUGGCCUGAGGUCAACCAAAAGAAACGAAUUAUCAGUGUUCCUCAUGAUUUGUACGAGCUUGGCUGCAUCCAUGAUGUAGACAAAGGCCUGAUAGCUGCUGACAAUAUCGGCUACCCAGUUAUGGUGAAAGCCUCAGAAGGAGGGGGAGGCAAAGGCAUCCGUAAAGUCAACACCGCUGAUGAUUUCCCAAACCUAUUCAGACAAGUCCAGGCAGAGGUUCCAGGUUCCCCCGUGUUCGUCAUGCAGCUCGCCAGACAUGCCCGCCACUUGGAAGUUCAGAUCUUGGCAGACCAAUACGGCAAUGCCAUUUCCUUGUUUAGCAGAGAUUGUUCAGUCCAGCGGCGACAUCAGAAAAUUAUAGAGGAGGCGCCUGCCACCAUUGCCCCAUCUAAUGUGUUUGAAGACAUGGAAAGGUGUGCUGUGAAGCUGGCCAAGAUGGUGGGCUAUGUGAGUGCGGGCACAGUGGAAUACCUCUAUAGCCAAGAUGGCAGCUUCUACUUCCUGGAGCUCAACCCUCGUCUGCAGGUUGAACACCCUUGCACUGAAAUGGUGGCUGACGUCAACUUACCCGCUGCCCAGUUGCAAAUUGCAAUGGGCAUCCCCCUUUAUCGAAUCAAGGACAUCAGGAUGCUUUAUGGGACGCAGCCUUGGGGUGACUCUCCCAUCGACUUUGACGGUCUGUCGACGGCCGCCUCCCCACGAGGUCACGUCAUAGCAGCUCGUAUCACCAGUGAAAAUCCAGAUGAGGGUUUCAAACCGAGCUCGGGCACCGUACAAGAGCUCAACUUUCGCAGCAAUAAGAACGUGUGGGGCUACUUCAGCGUUGCAGCCGCUGGUGGACUGCAUGAGUUUGCGGACUCCCAAUUUGGACACUGUUUUUCGUGGGGAGAGAAUCGUGAAGAAGCCAUUUCGAACAUGGUGGUUGCUUUGAAAGAGUUAUCUAUCAGAGGAGACUUCAGGACCACUGUGGAAUACCUCAUAAAACUGCUGGAAACACGAAGCUUUCAGCACAACACCAUCGACACGGGCUGGCUGGAUCGGCUCAUCUCAGAGAAGAUGCAGGCUGAGCGUCCAGACACAAUGCUGGGGCUUGUGAGUGGAGCUCUUCAUGUGGCAGAUGUUAAUCUAAGGAACAGUGUGUCCAUUUUCCUGCAUUCUCUGGAGAGGGGUCAGGUGCUGGCAGCGCACACACUUCUCAAUACAGUGGAUGUGGAACUGAUCUAUGAAGGCAUCAAGUACAUCCUGACUGUGACUCGUCAAUCUCCCAACUCGUAUGUGCUCAUCAUGAACCACUCCACAGUCGAAGUGGAUGUCCAUCGGCUAAGCGACGGAGGUUUGUUGCUGUCCUACGAUGGCAGCAGCUACACUACCUACAUGAAGGAAGAGGUAGACAGUUACCGCAUCACAAUCGGAAACAAGACCUGCGUUUUUGAAAAGGAGAACGACCCAUCGCUGCUGCGAUCUCCCUCAGCAGGAAAAAUUAUCCAGUACACAGUCGAAGAUGGCGGUCAUGUUUUUGCUGGCCACUGUUACGCUGAAAUAGAAGUGAUGAAGAUGGUCAUGUCCCUCACUACUCUUGAGUCUGGUUGUAUUCACUAUGUGAAGAGGGCGGGAGCAUCACUUGAACCCGGCUGUGUCAUAGCCAAACUUCAACUUGACGACCCCACCCAGGUGCAACAGACAGAGCUACAUACAGGUACCUUGCCCUCGACCCAGGCUGUUGCGCUGCGAGGAGAGAAACUCCACAGAGUUUUCCACAGCACACUGGAUCAUCUUGUUCACGUCAUGAACGGCUACUGUCUCCCUGAGCCUUUUUUUAGCAUCAAGUUGAAAGAAUGGGUCGAAAGGCUGAUGAAAACUAUGCGUGACCCCUCGUUGCCACUGUUGGAGCUUCAAGACAUUAUGACCAGCGUCUCGGGUCGCAUCCCCCCUGCCGUGGAGAAAGCCAUCAAGAAGGAGAUGGCUCAGUAUGCCAGCAACAUCACCUCAGUGCUCUGCCAGUUCCCCAGUCAGCAGAUUGCAAACAUCCUGGACAGCCAUGCUGCAACGCUGAACAAGAAGUCUGAAAGAGAAGUCUUCUUCAUGAACACGCAAAGCAUUGUUCAGCUGGUGCAAAAAUAUCGCAGUGGGAUCCGAGGUUACAUGAAGGCGGUGGUGAUCGAUUUGCUCCGACAAUACCUGAAAGUCGAGAUCCAGUUUCAGAAUGGACACUAUGACAAGUGUGUGUUUGCCCUUCGUGAAGAAAACAAAGGUGACAUGGCAAAUGUGCUCAACUACAUCUUCUCCCAUGCCCAAGUUACUAAGAAGAACCUGCUGGUAACGAUGCUAAUUGACCAAUUGUGUGGCCGGGAUCCUACACUGACGGAAGAACUGAUGGCCAUGUUGACUGAGUUCACCCAGCUCAGCAAGACAACAAACGCAAAGGUGGCACUUCGUGCACGGCAGGUGUUGAUAGCAUCUCACCUCCCCUCUUAUGAGCUCCGCCACAACCAGGUGGAGUCCAUCUUCCUCUCUGCCAUUGAUAUGUACGGCCACCAAUUCUGCAUUGAGAAUCUCCAGAAACUUAUCCUUUCCGAGACAUCAAUCUUUGAUGUUUUGCCCAACUUCUUCUACCACAGUAAUCAGGUUGUCCGAAUGGCCGCCCUUGAGGUAUAUGUGCGCCGAGCAUACAUCGCUUAUGAGCUCAACAGCGUGCAGCAUCGCCAGUUGAAGGAUAACACAUGCAUAGUCGAGUUCCAGUUUAUGCUCCCCUCCUCACACCCAAACAGAGGGAACAUCCCCACUCUAAACAGGAAAAUGUCUGCUCCUGCAAUCCUGGACAAUGUAAAAGCCAAAACAGUCUCAAUUGUUGAAUCUGCAGACAGGAUGUCAUUCUCAUCAAACCUGAACCACUAUGGCAUGGUGCACAUGGCCAGCGUGAGCGAUGUUUUGCUGGACACAUCCUUUACGCCGCCCUGUCAACGAAUGGGUGCCAUGGUCUCCUUUCGCUCAUUCCAGGAGUUCACCAAGAAUAUAACAGAUGUGUUGAGUUGCUUCAGCGACUCUCCGCCCCCAAGCCCGACCUUCCCCGAGGGAGGUAAUCCCGUCCUGUAUGGUGAAGAGAACAACAAGAGCACCCAAGAGGAGCCCAUCCAUAUACUGAAUGUGGCUAUAAAGACUGACAGCGACAUGGACGAUGAUGGCCUGGCAGCCAUGUUUCGGGACUUCACCCAAUCAAAGAAAUCUCUGCUGUUUGAACACGGAAUCCGUCGCUUGACGUUCCUUGUGGCUCAGAAGGAUUUCAGGAAGCAAAUCAACUGUGAGGUGGACCAAAGGUUUCACAGAGAAUUCCCCAAAUUUUUCACAUUCCGCGCCAGAGAUAAGUUUGUGGAAGAUAGGAUCUACCGCCACUUGGAGCCGGCUUUGGCUUUCCAGCUGGAGCUCAACCGCAUGCGAAAUUUUGCCCUGACAGCCAUUCCCUGUGCCAACCACAAGAUGCACCUCUAUCUGGGUGCAGCGCGCGUAGAAGUCGGGGCAGAAGUUACAGACUACCGGUUCUUUGUGCGAGCCAUUAUCCGUCAUUCUGAUUUAGUCACAAAAGAGGCCUCUUUUGAAUACCUUCACAAUGAGGCCGAGCGUUUGCUUCUUGAGGCCAUGGAUGAGCUCGAGGUUGCUUUCAACAACACAACCGUGCGCACCGACUGUAACCACAUCUUCCUCAAUUUUGUCCCCACCGUCAUCAUGGACCCAUCAAAGGUAAAAGUGUGUCAGAAAAGUGUGUUCUUCUUUGUGAUUCGCAUCAACUUGGAACUAAUUUGUCUCCGUGAUCAGAUCGAGGAGUCCGUGCGUUCCAUGGUGAUGCGUUACGGCAGCCGGCUUUGGAAACUGCGUGUCCUGCAAGCUGAACUGAAAAUUAACAUCCGCCUGACUCCGACGGGAAAGCAAAUCCCCAUUCGUUUGUUUCUCACAAAUGAAUCCGGCUACUACCUGGACAUCAGCCUCUACAAAGAAGUCACCGACUCCCAAACGGGACAGGUGGGGCCCAAAGACCGCCAGAUAAUGUUCCAGGCGUAUGGAGACAAGCAAGGUCCUUUACACGGCAUGCUCAUCAACACACCCUACGUCACCAAGGACUUGCUGCAGUCAAAGCGUUUUCAAGCCCAAUCACUGGGCACCACCUACGUCUAUGAUUUUCCAGAAAUGUUUCGACAGGCUCUGAAAAAGCUGUGGCACUCAACCCAAGCGCAUGCAUUUGUACCCAAAUGCCCGCUUCCCUCUGAGUUGCUGACCUUCACCGAGCUGGUGUUGGAUGCCCAAGGUCAACUGGUGCAGAUGAACCGACUGCCAGGUGGCAAUGAGAUCGGUAUGGUGGCAUGGCGAAUGACCCUCCGUUCACCAGAAUAUCCAACAGGGCGCGAGAUCAUCGUCAUCAGUAAUGACAUCACACACAAGAUCGGCUCCUUCGGGCCUCAGGAGGACCUGCUUUUUUUGCGUGCUUCCGAAAUGGCACGAGAAGGCGGAAUCCCUCGUCUCUACAUUGCGGCCAACAGCGGCGCCCGCAUUGGCCUGGCUGAGGAAAUCCGUCACAUGUUCCACGUGGCCUGGCAAGAUCCAGCUGACCCGUACAAGGGUUUCAAGUAUUUAUACCUCACACCUCAGGAUUAUAAGAAGGUAUCAGCCCUGAACUCUGUACAUUGCGACCAUGUGGAGGACGAGGGAGAAUCCAGGUACAAGAUCACUGACAUCAUUGGAAAGGACGAGGGGCUGGGUGUGGAGAAUCUGAAAGGGUCUGGCAUGAUUGCUGGAGAAUCCUCUGUGGCUUAUGAGGAGAUCAUCACCAUGAACCUGGUAACGUGCCGAGCCAUUGGAAUCGGAGCCUAUCUUGUGAGACUUGGUCAAAGAACCAUUCAGGUGGACAACUCGCACAUAAUCCUUACUGGGGCUGGAGCACUCAACAAGGUGCUAGGCAGAGAAGUUUAUACAUCAAAUAACCAGCUCGGUGGAAUCCAAAUCAUGCACAACAAUGGCGUGACCCACACCACUGUUUGUGAUGACUUCGAGGGAGUCUUUACUCUCCUGCAGUGGCUCUCUUACAUGCCCAAGUGCAAAUUUAGCCCGGUGCCCAUUCUGAGCGCCAAGGACCCUAUCGAUAGGCAAGUUGAAUUUGUGCCAACAAAGGCACCCUAUGAUCCCCGUUGGAUGUUAGCCGGUCGUCCAAGCCAGAGUCCAAAAGGCUCUUCUUGGCAGAGCGGCUUCUUUGACCACGGCUCGUUCAUGGAGAUGAUGCAGCCAUGGGCUCAGAGCGUGGUGGUCGGCAGAGCUCGAUUGGGUGGGAUACCAACUGGAGUGGUUGCUGUGGAAACUAGGUCAGUGGAGCUGUCAAUCCCAGCUGAUCCAGCUAAUUUGGACUCAGAGGCCAAGAUCAUUCAGCAGGCUGGGCAAGUGUGGUUCCCUGAUUCGGCUUUCAAAACAGCCCAAGCUAUCAAGGACCUGAACCGAGAGGGGCUGCCUCUCUUUGUAUUUGCCAACUGGAGGGGCUUUUCCGGAGGAAUGAAAGACAUGUACGACCAGAUUUUGAAGUUCGGUGCCUAUAUUGUGGAUGGGCUCCGGGAGUACAGGCAGCCCGUCCUGGUUUACAUUCCACCCCAGGCCGAGCUGCGUGGAGGUUCCUGGGUGGUUAUAGAUCCCACCAUCAACCCUCGUCACAUGGAGAUGUACGCUGACAAGGACAGCCGAGGUGGGGUGCUGGAGCCUGAGGGGACAGUGGAGAUCAAGUUUCGGAGGAAGGACCUGGUGAAGACGAUGAGACGAGUCGAUCCCGUCUACACGAGCUUGGCGGAAAGACUGGGAACCCCAGAGUUAAGCCCUCCUGACCGCAAAGAGCUGGAGACAAAACUAAAAGAGCGGGAAGAGUUUCUGUUGCCGAUCUACCACCAGGUGGCUGUUCAGUUUGCAGACCUCCACGAUACUCCGGGCCGCAUGCAGGAGAAGGGCGUCAUUACGGACAUCCUGGAUUGGCAAACAUCCCGGCAGUUCUUCUACUGGCGCCUGCGCCGCCUCCUCCUGGAGGAGACGGUCAAGAGAAAGAUCCAAGCAGCCAACGGCGAGCUGACAGACGGACAAGUGUCGGCGAUGCUGCGCCGCUGGUUUGUUGAGGCAGAAGGCGCCGUCAAGGCCUAUCUGUGGGACAACAACGAGGAGGUGGUGGGAUGGCUCGAGAGGCAGCUGGCCGAAGACGAGGGAGCGAGGUCCGUCAUUGAUGAGAACAUCAAGUACAUUCGCCGUGAUCACAUCCUCAAGCAGAUUCGCAGCUUCGUUCAAGCUAACCCAGAGGUGGCAAUGGAUUCCAUUGUGCACAUGACCCAGCACAUCUCACCGACACAGAGAGCUGAGGUGGUGCGUAUAUUGUCCACGAUGGAGACCUCAACCUCCUCCUAGCACUGAGUCCACAGCCGUCCAGCUCGGGGGUUUGGUCUGCCAAGCAACGUUCGGAGGAGCCAACGUGAGCGCCCCUUGAGCCGUCAGGGAACCAAUGAAUCGUUGGUAAUGAUUCUCAACAAUGUGAUCUUUUGUAAGUUGUCUUAACAACCAAUUUGGAUAAAAGUGUGUAUGUUGCAUUCAAGUUCAAUUGGCAGGAAGUGGCUAAUUAUAUGUGGUGGCCAAUUGGAUUUGGUGUGGGGUUUGAACUAACCGACUGGAAUGUUGUCAUAUUCCAAUGCAUCAUGCUUUCGGACAACGUAGUAAUAUUUGGAGGACAAUGCCAACAGCUUUGGCGAGAAAGUGUGGUUUAAACUACCAGCAAGGGCGCACUUAGUUACUGAGCAGAAAAAUAGCAAGAACGUUAGAACCCAUUUGGACAGAAGAGCACAGCGGGGAGCAAAAGGAGCCUUUUUAGCCGCUGACUGCUUCCCAGUUCUCCUGCGGUGAACACAAAACUACAGCUGUCCCUUCAGUUCCCACUUCACGCCUGCUCCACAUGCACUUUAUGCUGCUUCGCUGUUCACGUUGCAUACCGAAUCAAACAUGCUCUCGCUGUAAAUGCGGCAUCCAUGUCAUCACGCUCACUGUUACACACACAUGCGGUGAACAUAUAGAAAUUGAAUGGGAAAUGCUAAUGGUACUACAUGCAGAGAUGAUAGCCGCAUAUUUUUUUUCUUUUCUCUCCUUUAUUUUGUCUCAUGUAUCUUGUUAGUCUUCAAAACAAUCACUGAAAGAGCAUUGUUGUUCUAGAUUUGUUUUUACAAUAGGACAUAUUUGGAAUACAUGAUGAGAUCUCCUCUGUUCAAUGAUUCAUGUAAUGUAAGCAAAUGUCUCACGUCUAGUUUGUGUUGAUUCUGUUUAUUUAUUAAUAUUUUGUACUAAAUGUCGCUAAUUUUUCAUAACAGAUUAUUCUCAGUUGCAAAUUUCCCGACUUGAUUUUGGUUUGGAAAAAAAAAAAAAAGUGACUUUAUGACAAGUGUAUGACCGAGGUACUGUACAGACAGUAUGUUCAAUGCUAAACUGCACUGUAAAUGUUGAACUCAGUCCUUGACAUCACUGCCUCAUUAUGUUCGCUUUACAAUGUGAAAACGGCUUUGUGCUCAGUGCUGUGCCUUUUUUUUUUCUUGACCUGGACUGACUUGCCAGCCAGUUUUGCUUUUUAACGCACAGGUUGUAACCUUGAAAUAAUGGUGAAAUAAAGGCGUGUUGGCAAUCGAAAAUAAAGCGUAGCCACGUUAAA